AUGCACCCAGUUUCAGCUUUCCCAAGACUUCUACUGUUUGUCUCCAGUGUCGUGGGCUUGUCCUGCAACCGAGGACACGAUUUACUGUGGUCACACAUUGGUGAACAUGGGUAUGCUUCCCCCGACCAUUUCCAACCAUUCCCAUACCCCAAACAAAGUUUCGACAAUGCAGACACUGACCAUGUGGACGACGACCUGAUGCCAAAAAAUACAGGCUGGACGCGCGACGAGAUCUGGCGACAGCUCAAGCCCAACGGCCUCCCGGACAGCAUGUCCAAGGACAAAAUCGACCACACCCUCUUCAUCUGCCAGGACCGCCGGUACUGGACCAACGCCGACCUCCAAUACAAGGACUACUGCCUGCGCGGCUGCCAGGACCGCGGCUCCGGGAAGGACGACGCCUGCUAUGCUGCUGUGUUUCAGACGGCCGUCAACGGGACCGUGGAGGCGGUGAAUGGCACUUUAGGGGCUGUGAAGCAGGUCAACAAGACUGCUACAGCUGUGGUGAAGCGUGCGACAGUUUUGCUGGCUUGGGAUUUGCAAGGGAGGGGAGUUGAGUUCGUUGCAUAG